CCGCUCAGCAGCUCGCUGCCGACAUGAACGAGACGCUCUGGGCCUACUGCCAGAGCUCGCUGCAAAAUCACCUGUACGAGAACGCCAUCUUCCUCGCCGAGCGCCUGUGUGCCGAGACUCCCUCCGAGGCCUCGAGGCUGCUGCUCGCCAACUGCCACUAUGCUUCGGGCGCGCCUGCGCGCGCAUGCGCCAUCCUCGGCAACUGCUCGGCGCCGCAGAAUCGCUACCUACUCGCCCUCUGCCACGUCAAGCUCGGGCGGCACUUGGAGGCGCAGCGUGCGCUACUUGGCUCCGCCUCGCCCAGCGCAGACCCAACGGGGACGGCGAUUGUCCCGAACGGCGCCGCGGGUCUCUACCUGCUCGGCACCAUCUGCCUCAAGGUGCAGCCGCAGCCGCCAGCGUCGCUGCCGCGCGACGAUACCAACGAGCGCUCGCGUGCCGUCCUCUACUUCAAGCGUGCCCUCGAGCUCGACCCGUACCUGUGGAGCGCAUACGAAGCGCUCGCAGCGCUAGGGAAGGAGUUCCCGCCGCCGCCGCUGCCGCUGCCGGCGGCGCCUCCGGGGUGGGAGCCGCCCCUCGCGAUGGCGGGGUGCGGGGCGGCGGGCUCCACCCCCCUCCCCGGAGGAGGGACGACACCGGUGAGGCAGCCAGAGUGCGCAGCCAUGCCGGGCCGCCUCUUCUCGCCGCCGGACGUCUUCUCGGCCCCUCCCCCUUGCGCGAGGGGAGGCCACCCCGUCUCUGCGAGCGGCGCGACGCCCGCCGUCGCCGCGCUCGCAAUCUCGACGCCGCAGCUCACGACGCCUUGCUCCGCCGUCCCUCCCUGCGCCCUCUCCCUCCCCGGCGGGGGCAGUGCCGCCGGCCAGCAGCUGCCCGCUUCGUCGCUGCCGUCGCCAAACGUCUCGUCGCGCCGCCGGCCGCAGCCGCGCGCGAGCGCCGCCGACGCCGCAGCCACGCCCGCGGUGGCGACGCCGGACGACACGCCGGCCGGCCGCGCCGCCGCGUCGGGCGCACCCCCGCCGAUAGGGCGGGGGAGGAGGGAGCGGCCGCCGCCGCAGAGCGCGCAGCUCUCGUCGGCGGCGCCGGUGCGGCGGUCGUCGCGACUCUCCGCGGGCAGCGCGGGCGGCGGCGCGCCGCUGUCUGCGCAAGGGCGCGAGGCGGAGUUGCCGCCGCCGCCGUCGCCCGGCCGGGGAGGGGCGGUGGGAGGAGGGGCGGGGGACGGGCGGGCUGCUGGCGUGCUCGGCGCGUGCUGCCUGGUCGGGCCGAGAUUGCGCGAGAUUGCGCGCGAGAUCAGCGCCGAAGCCGGCCCGAGAGUAGGCGAGGCGGCGUCGGGGCCGGAGCGGGCGGUAUCGCUGCUGCGCCACCUCGCGGACGCGUACCGCUCCCUCUCGCUCUUCCAGUGCCAGGAGGCGAUUGAUGCCUUCGAGCGGCUGCCGCAGGCGCACUUCAAGUCGGGGUGGGUACUCAGCCAGGUGGGGCGCGCGCACUACGAGAUGGUCCGGUACUCGGAUGCGCUGCGCGCUUUCAAGAAGGCGCACGAUGUGGAGCCGCACCGGCUGGCGGGGAUGGAGCUGCACUCCACCAUCCUGUGGCACCUGAAGCGAGAGGUGGACCUCUGCCACCUCGCCAAGCGCGCCGUCGAGCCGGACCGCGCCUCGAGAUUACCCGAGGAGCACGACACGGCGCUCAAGUUCUUUUGCCGCGCCAUCCAGCUGGCGCCCGACUUUGCGUACGCGCACACGCUGUGCGGGCACGAGCACGCCGCCAAGGACGACUUCGACAACGCGUCCAAGGCGUACGAGACGGCGCUGCUGCACGACCCGAGGCACUACAACGCGUGGUACGGGCUGGGCAACAUCUACUUUCGGCAGGAAAAGUACUCCGACGCCGAGGUGCACAUGAAGCGCGCGCUGCGGAUCAACUCGUGCUCCUCGCCGCUACACUGCUACCUCGGCAUGGCGCUGCACAGGCCGCCGCUGCCUCGAGGGGCCGACGGCCUCCGCCCCCCCACCGCCCCCCAGGCGCAGGUGCUGCUCUCGAUGGACAAGAGCGAGGCGGCGCUCGCCGAGCUGCAGCUGCUGGUCGAGGUCGCGCCAAAGGAGGGCAUGGUCCACCUGACGAUGGGCAAGCUGUACAAGAAGCUCGGCCGGCCGCAGGAGGCGGUGGUGCACCUCACGCGCGCGCUCGACCUCUCGCCAAAGGACUCGCAGCAGAUCAAGGCCGCACUGCUCAACCUGCAGCGCGACCGCGACGACGACGAGGAGGAGGAGCUGUGA